GAAAAAUCGCAAAAUCUGCCUGUAAAGAUCAAGUAUCUUCUCACUUUUGCAUCACAAUAAUUCUAAGCUAAGUGAUCUAAUUCAUUCCCUGAUUGGAUAUUUCCACUGGAGAACGACCCAAUUACCGUUAGGCAAUUGAUUAGAGCCCACUCAUACCAGUUGAAUCGCACAAACACGAAUGUCAAAACAAACCCACGUAUCCGGUGAAAAUACUGUCUGUAUAUUUCAUGUACAACAUUUCGUAUAUUCAUGUAAAUUGCGUAGCACACGCAUGACAAUUGUACAUUCGAGUAGUGACAGUGUGUCGUAGACGUUAAAGCUCGUGGAUAUAAAAAAAAAAAAAACAUACGGUUAAACGAAAAAAGCAGCUACCGUAUACUAUGACAGUUUUAUGGAUGUUUGAGUCAUAUUGGGUCACGUUAUUGUUGCCUGUUGUGUAAAAACGUUCUCAAAUCCUGUCGCAAUCUUUGGCAGUGUUUUCUUUCUCGAUCCUUUUAACACGAAGGACAAAUGGAUCGCAACAAAUUAGGUCUGUCUGUCAAAAACUCUAUUAUGAUGGAGGAUUUGAAAUGCAAGUUUUUGGGACUUAUUAAUAAGCAGAAUCAAGCCAAAAUUCCUUCUAUGGGUCUGAAUCCGGAUCUUCUCAAUCCGAUAGAAUCUCAAAAGUCUGAUGAAACAAAAUCAGAGGCGGGUCAAUCCACGGAGAGCGAAGCUGUCACGGAUCAAGAAAUACUUGAAGCGAUAGAAACAAUUUAUUAUAGAAACGACGACAAAUUUGACUCAUGCAGACAUGAGCUAGAAAAGUUGCCUGAGAUUUUGGAUUGCAGAGAGGUGGAAAAAUAUUGCAAAAGAUUGCGACAGCAACAGCAAGUAGUAUCAAAAAAGGUACUUCAACUAAUAUUGCAAAAACAGAGUGCCUGCCAGGAAGAAUUUCAAAGGAUUCUGAAAACCGAAGAUCAGCUUGGAGAGAUGCUGCAAAUUUGUAGGACUGGCAGAUCCAAUCUCAAUCUUGCAAAAAAACAAUUUACCACUGCCAGUCUUGGCAUACUUGCUAACUACAGAAAGAGACAAAUCGUCCAGGAAUUGUUGAAUAAUCUCAGCACCAUCAAAACAUUGCAGCGCACAGAGGAUCGGCUGCAAGAACUUUUGAACGAAGAAAAUUUCCCCGGUGCAAUAUCAUUGCUCCUUGAGUGUCAAAGCGCGGCUCAGACGUACAAACACUUUCGCUGUGUGGCUGCAUUGAAUGGGAAGCUUCAAGAUACGUUGGAUCAAGUCGAAGAAACGUUGGACAUGACUCUCUCAAAAAUGUGUGCUCAAUUUGAACACCGAACUUAUUCAUCAGUUCAGGAAGCAUACAAACUUCUAGGAAAGACACAAACUGCGAUGGACCAACUGCACAUGCAUUUUACAGCAGCGAUACACAACAGUGCGUUUACGGUGGUACACACCUACGUUGGGGGAGAUACAAAAAGACAGUAUAAGCAAAUUUGUCAAUCGGUUGAACGAGAAAAUUUCAUCAUGUGUUUGCUUGAUCUGUGCAAAUCUCUAUGGAGAAUACUAAGCUCAUAUUACCAAGUACUGAAUUGGCAUGGUUCUAAUAAAAGCCAGUCCGAUACAGAUGAAGAAAAAGAUCCUGAAACUACAUUUAAUGAGCAGUACGUUAAACAGAAAUUAGAGAGUGGAAUGGUCAGAAUGUGGCACGAUGUGGAAAUAAAAAUUUCUACUUUUCUCAUUGGUACCGAUCUUACAUCGUUUAAAUUCGAACAAUUUGUACAGGUUCUUGGCAUGGUCAACAGAUUGACGCAAGUUGGUGACGAACUGUGUGGCAGUAAAUCCGAAAUACUCCAAGAAUCAAUGAGAAAACAAUGUCUUUCAUACUUCUCACACUACCACGCUUCCCGAUUGGACGAAUUAAGAAUAUUCCUGGAGCACGAUGGCUGGGAAUUAUGCCCUGUCAAAUCGACUUUCGUUGCCAGUCAGUUAGAAGAAUUCAAGUGUCUUCGACCGGCUCUGAACAAUUGUAAAAACGCAACGGGCAAUUCCGAUGCUCCGUGUUUCACAAACGAGCAUGAGAAUUCCGUCGUUGGCGGCGAUUGGCUCAGCAAUUGCGUUGAGAAUGGUACAUCGCCUUUCGAUAUCGCGGCCGAUGAGACCAUGGAAGAAGAUAUUUUAUCCAGUAUCGCGGAUGAAGCUUCCGGUUAUUACACCGAAGAUUCCGAGGACGAUACGCCGGAAGAACUGAAAAGAGAAUUUGUGGAUGAAACCGAUCAAACGAGAUCAUCGAAGCGAAAAAUUCGUGGCAAGGUUCAGCAUGGCCCCAUGGUCACAAAUACCACUCUCAGUGUGCUCAGGGUCUGUGGAAGAUAUUUACAAAUGUCGAGGCUUCUCCGCUCGAUAGCUAUAACCGUCAUACAAAAUAUGGUUCAAUUCUUCGAGCUUUGCUUCUACGCGAUACACGCUUUUUUUACAUCAGAUCUUCAAAUAAACAGCGACUCCUUGUACAAUCCAAAAUUAAAAUUGUGCCUGGCCCGAAUUCGAGAAACUUUAAUAGUAAAUGAAAAUCCGUUGAGUGAAAAUCGAGAAAGUGAAAGAUACAAAGUUCAUCAACCACAAUUAUCGACGACGGUCGAUCUCAGCAAACCAUCGAGACUGUUCGGCCUCACGGAACGUGUCGUGGGGGUUGAGUCCUUAAUAUUUCUCGGACAUCAGUACGAAUGUUUGAGGCCAUAUCUCGAGCAUCUUAUCUCGGUCAAUGGACAACAGGAACAAGGAUUUCUGAACCAAUUUUACAGUCAAACUAUCGCUUCGGCUGUCGAAUUACGUAAACCAAUCUUUAUGGCUGUCGCUGCUCAAGCUUUAGACGUUUCUGUCGUUUUGAAUCUCAUGAACAAGGUCAAUUGGGAAGUCAGGGAUGUCAUGUCACAGCAUAGUAGUUACAUCGAUACUCUACUAAUGGACAUGCAAGCAAUUGAUUCUCGUCUCGAAGAAAUUGGACAAACAAUCCCAUUAUCGUCUCAAGUCCGUGCCUCAAUCUGGGAAAACGUCGCUCACUUAAUAACUCACACUUUGGUUGAAGGUUUUUCCAACGCGAAGAAAUGCUCGAAUGGUGGCCGCGGUCUUAUGCAGCUCGAUUUUACCCAACUGAAAUCAAAGUUUGAAAAAAUUGCUUCUCUGCGACCCAUGCCUCACAGCGAAUAUGUUGAAUUGUAUAUAAAAGCUUACUACAUACCGGAAAACACUCUUGAGGAGUGGGUCAAAGAACACAAGGAAUACUCGAUGAAGCACUUGGUCGGUCUCGUUUCGUGUGCGUGUCAAAAUAACAAAAAAACACGACAGAGAUUAAUAGGUUUGAUAGAGGAGCAGCGUUCAAACAGGUAACAUAAGCGAAUCGAGAAAAGUUUAUUUUCCGAAAUAAUCAUCGGUACUGUAUAGUUCUCAAAAACUGGAGUUUCUUGGACUUUAAAUGAAUCGAGAAUACUAGGCAAUAAUGAAAGGGCUACUGAAAACUCCUUUAAAAACAUGUUGACUCGUAAAAAAUUUUUUUAAAUAUUAGAAAUUAUCCAGAGAAAAUCAUCGAGGAAAAUAUCGAAAUAUAUUGAUUUUUUUUAUCGUUUAAGAGAUGAAUGAAAAAAAGUAUGCGCAAUUUUAUCGAGGGGUGAAUCUCUCAUGCAACAUAUCGAGUGUAAAUGUUGUAAAAUCGAAUGUUCGAUACAAUUAUAAAUAACAAAUAAUAAUAAAUAUAAAAACAUGGAUGGGGAAAAAUCGUAAA